AUGAAAAGGAAGAUAAGGCGCGAAAAGUUGAUUAAUGCAAGUCAGUCAAAGGGUGGUGCUCUUUUAAAUAAUGGUAAUAAUAAUGAUAAGAUUAGUGAAAAAAAAGAGAAAACGUUCAUUGGCAGAAGUUAUCAAAAGAAUCAAAUAAAAUUCUUAUGUGAAAAAUACUUUAUUUGUCUUAUAAUUCUAUUCGUUGUCCAAGAAAUACUAUUAUGUUUAGCUUUUGUUUUAAGUUAUCCUGUAAUUAAACUGGAAAUGAAUGAAGAAGAAAAUUGUUUCAGCGAUGAACAUGCCUGA